GGGCACUCGUCAGCUCUUCUACCAGACGAUAACCAAGCCUAAAGCGAGGGUCUUAGGGCGGAUGCCCUGAUGCCGAGAAGGCUUUGUCUGACCGCAAUUGACUCUGUAAAAGUGCAAACAAUGCCGAGCCUGACUCCAUUCGCACCUCUGGGGGAUCCCCUCCAUCCUGCCGCCCCUCCCAAGCUCUGGACAACUCCUUUAGGGAUAGUCUCGGAUGUAGGGGGGGAAGAAUAGAAUCCUGAUGUUGAUGCCCUGUGUCCUCAGGGAGAAUCCUUCGUGUCAGCACAAUGAAAGGAAUCCAAAGCCUUCCGUAUGGGGGCGUAUAUAAAGCACAGACCCUCCCGUUGUAUACCGCAGAAUGUCAUCUUCCGCGACAUCUCCAAACAGUGCAAUUCAGAAUCAGAGCAGACGGAAAAUGAGUCAAGUACCCCGCCAGUCGAAACUACGAUCCAGUUGUGACCAAUGCGGGACAGCCAAGGUCAAGUGUGAUCGGGCCCAACCCGAAUGCAGUCGCUGCAUCUCCCAUGGCAUGCAGUGCGUCUAUGGGGUGUCCCGCAAGAUGGGAAAACCCCCACGUCGGGCAAACCUCUUCCCCUCCACCACCGGGGCAACACCUCAGAUGGGGGAUAGUGGCAGUAACUGUGAUGCGGGGCGCACUCUGCUGGACGUCGAGAUCUUCGCCGACCCGGCCUGUGACGCUCUGAACACUGCCUUGGACAAUGCACUGGACGAUCGCCAACCCCUCAACCAUUCCAACCACCCCACUUCAGAGAACCUAUUUGAUCACCAGGGGUCGAUCGAGAGCUUCUAUCAAGACCUUCCUGGCGCAUUCCUCUCUUCCAUUCCAUCCCUCGACAUGGAGGGUUGGUUAGCUGCAGCGGAUGCUCCCUUCAGCAGUGAGUCGCCGUGGGAUGAGCUCCCGGAAGUGACACCAUCGCUGCCAAUCGACCGCGGCCACAACUGCUCUCGCGAAGCCCAUAGCAUUUUCCAUAGUCUUUCCAGCCUAGGAACCAAGGAGGCCACGUCCCCAAUGCCAGACACUCCGGGGGGUGGGGGACAAGUGCCGUUGGACCUGGUCUUGCGUCUCAGCCGUGAAGCCGCGGCGCGUCUUGUUCCAUUUCUCUCCUGUGCGUGUGCCCGUUCGCCACACCUGGCCCUCCUCUACGCGGCCAUCAUCGCGCGCAUCUUGGCCUGGUAUCAGCGCGCAGCUGGCUAUUCCCCACGCGCCUCCCCCCCCGCCUCAAGCAGUGCCAGCUCUCGAAGAAGCCCCUUAACUCCGUUCUCGAAUGUGACCAUGGCUCCCGCGCGCAUCGCCAUCGGCACAUUCAGCGUAGAUGACUCGCAGCUGGAGACCGCGGUGAAGAUGCAACUACUGUCGGGCGAGCUAAAGCGACUGGGGGCGCUGAUUGAUCAGUUCACACUCCAGGAUCCAGGCCGGCAGUGUCAGAAUGAAGAGGAUCCCUUUGGCGAUGCGGACAGCCUCUACCGCUGUUUGCAAAUGUGGUUGAAACAGGACUAUGCUCGAGUCAAGAGUCUACUGCGAUAUGAAUUACAAGAGCUGAAUACAUGA